AGUCAGGCUCUGUUCCGCUCAUGCAACUAGCAACUAGUACAGUGCCAGUGCCCACCUUUCGGGAAACCGACGGAUCCGUUUGGCCCUUUAGCCGAUCGGUGUGGCUGCGAUGAGCGCCAUGGAUGUUGAUGAAUCUGGGGCUGAGGCUCCGCCAGAAGCUAUGGAGGACAUACCACCUCCGCCUCCCCCUGCAGGACCGAGUGCGCGCAGAGCACGAGUUCAGCUGCCGGAACACCAUGAAGAUGAGGGUCCAACCUACUACAGACUUGGUGUUGACUAUCCCGUCGACCCGGACGACGAUGAAGUUCUUCAUCAGUGUGCCCGAAUCAAGAAACUGGAGAGCCUCGAGGUUGUGGGUCCGAAGCUUCGGAAGCUGUGCUUGGUGGCAAACUGUGUCGAGAAGAUUGAAAACCUUGAGACCAAUGUGAACUUGGAACACUUGGAGCUGUAUCAGAACCUGUUGAAGAAGAUUGAGAACAUCUCGCACUUGCACAACCUUAUGGUACUGGACUUGUCAUUCAACAAAAUCCGCAGCAUGGAGACGCUGGCAGCCUGCAGCUUCCCCCGGCUGGAGAGAUUAUAUUUGUCCAGUAACAAGAUCACAGACAUUGAGGGCAUCUGGCAAUUCACCAACCUGAAGAUGCUUGAACUGGGGUCGAAUAGAAUUCGUGCUGUGCCUCCAGAAAUUGCUUCUUUGGUUCACUUGGAAGAAUUGUGGCUGGGGAAAAACAAGAUUAUAUCAAUGACAAUACCACCAUUGCCAGCACUUAGACAUUUGAGCCUUCAGAACAAUCGCCUGGAAGUGUGGGAGCCAGCUUUCUUCCAGAAUCUCUCCGGGCUCACACACCUGUAUUUAGGGCACAACAACCUGCCCGACCUUCCUGAAGAGUUUGCACUAUUGGCCGGUUUGGUUGAGGUUGACCUUGUCAGGAAUGCAAUCACUCAAAUCAAGCCAAUUCCUGAGCUCCGGAAGCUUGAGGAGCUGUGGAUGAAUGACAACAAGAUCGAAGAUUUGGGGCAAAUAGCUAACUUGUCAGCAUUCCCAUCCUUGAAAACCAUCUAUUUGGAGCGCAAUCCAAUGCAGGAUUUAGGAAACAAGGAGGCUGAGCAGCGCUAUCAGGAGGCCAUUCUUCAAGCGGUGCCCCACAUCCAGCAGAUAGAUGCGGAGCGUGUAAAUUUCGAGAUCAAGGUCAUCACUGAUGGAACCGAGCGGCACGUGAUGGGCAUCAGGCGUAGUUGAAGUUUCACGCCGUUGGUCGGCAAAAGCGAAGUUUCAUGUGUCAGGUGUUUGCCAAAAGGCCGUAGGGUUUCUUCGCUUCUUUGCCUGCUUUCAUCUCAUGACUCAUAACAGUUUAACACUUCAGCC